GACCUUGGCCCAGAAAAUGCUUCAAACUUCGGGUUCAAACAUCUUCCAAUCAAGUUCAGUCACAGUAGCAGGUCGAAUUGCUUUCAUCGAUGAUCAAAGCGACGGGUAACAUGAACGAAAAUCUUCAUCACAGCCAAUUAUCAGACACAUCCAGCCACAACGGUGGCGGCAGUGGUUACGGCAACCUGGAACUCGAGAAAAUGAACCCAUUGGGUGAACUCAACUUCUUCUUCGGUGAGCGUUCAGCAAGUAACAGCCAGCAGCAACGUCCGCAACAACAACAGCAACAGCAGAAUAAUCAGCAACAGCCUGGCAAACGCUCCAUGGAUGACGUUCUAAAGAAAUUAUCCUCCAAGAUGCACAUUAGCCAUUCGCCCGACGAAGAGAUGGAUCCAUUCACCAUUAAAGACAGCAGGUCAGGGCAUUCGCAUCACGUCGGUUCUGGCGGUACCAAUCGCUCGUCGUCCGACAUUGGCAGCCACGGGAGCGGGAGCAGCAGUGGUGGCGCUGGCAGUCAUGCGUCAGAUGCCGGGUCGCUAUUGGAUGCGCUGGGCGGCGAAUCUUUAACGGAAAAGGAGCGCAUCCUCAACGAAAAAAUUGCUGAACUCACGAAAAUACGCGAGCAGAUGAUCGCCCAGCGUAGCGGAAGCAGCAGCAGCGAUUACACCGAUAAGGCUGGCCAACAACAUAACCAACAACAAGCAUCGCAUCACAAUAGUGGCCCAACAGCCAUGGAAAUGGCCGUAGCAGCAGCAGCGGCCGCAUCAAAGAACAACGCCGAAAUGCAACAGUUUCAAGAACUCCAGCACCAGAUCGAGUUGCAACGUUUACAGCAAAGUCAACAGAUGUUUCUCCAUCAGCAACGAAUUCAAGAGAUUCAGGCCCAAGUACUUUCUCAGUACGGAAACAAAGCACUAAGUCUGGCCGCCGCCGGAAUGCCGCCUCUGAUGCUGCUGCCCUACUUGGAAUCUCUACGCAAUCUUCAAGGACACCAUUCGGGCAUUCAGGGAUUCUCGGCGAAUCCCCUUGGUAGUCCGCAGUCCGUUUCUGGCUCCUCGUUCAACGGGAUCCAUCCGGCACUGUCUCAAUUAACGCCAAACUUUCUUGGCUCACCAUCUGGGCCAACCGCCUGUUCCUCCACCGUUACCACCAAAAGUUCUCCAUCAACACCAAUCACAUCAAUGGCAUCCGGUUGGAGUUCAUCAUCCAUGGGACAAAAACAUUUGCCGUCUCCGGUAAGGAGGAGCACCACCCCAGAGCAGUCGGCUAACAAAACAUCGGCUGGAAAUCACGAUGGAGUUUUGCUGCCAUCUUCCACCAGUUCGCCAGUCACAAAGAAACAACGCGGUAAUCGAGAAGGUGAUGGACCACUCAAUCUCAGUAAAUCAAAAGGUCAGGGAGGCAGUCCAACUCCGCCCAGUACUCCAUCUUCGACGCCAACUCCGUUGACCUCUACGGCUUCGUUGACAUCGUCACGCAUGUUUCCUGGACAAAACCACAUGAUGCACGGAUCUGGAUUGCUCUUCCCUAGCCAUUUUCUUCCUUAUUCGUCCAUGCCGCCUCAUUUAGCUGCCAUGAACUUCACAGGUAAUAAAAUGAGUUUCAAUCCACCAAAUAUGGGAGGCAUGGGAGUCAACGAACGCAUCAUAGGAUCAGAUAAGCACCACGGAGCCAUGAAUAGCAACAAUAGUGGUGAACCAAACAGCCCUUUCCCUACAAUGCCCUUCUUCCUGCCGUCGAUGAACGGCAAUGCACUACCAAAUAUCAGCAAUAGCACGGGGAUCGUAUCGAUUGCAUCUUCCAGUGACCGCUCGCACUCGUCGGAGACACCAGCCAAGCAACAGCGCGAUGGAAGUUCCUCUAAUCGUAACACAAAAAUGUACGGAGCCAAAAUAAUUCGCCAAAGUCGUCGAGACCCCGAAGGAAAGCCGCACAUCAAACGACCGAUGAACGCGUUCAUGGUUUGGGCUAAAGAUGAACGAAGGAAAAUUCUGAAAGCUUGUCCGGAUAUGCACAAUUCCAACAUUUCCAAAAUACUUGGUGCCCGUUGGAAGGCCAUGACUAAUGCCGACAAACAGCCGUUCUACGAGGAACAAUCACGACUGUCGAAGGUGCACAUGGAGAAACAUCCCGACUACCGUUACCGCCCACGCCCCAAGCGCACCUGCAUUGUGGACGGCAAGAAACUGCGGAUCUCGGAGUACAAAACGCUGAUGAAGCAACGUCGCCAAGAGAUGCGUCAAAUGUGGUGUCGUGAUGGAGUCAACCCGGCCUCCAUGGGCUUGGGCAAUGGUGCUGGCCCUUCGUCCAAGGAACGUGGUAAAAGCGGAAAUGGAGAUGACGAUGAUAAAAACACAACCAUCUCGUCCAUCUCAGAUUCGGAUGAUGACGAAGCAGCGGAAGAUAGUUUGGAUUUUCCCGAACUGGACUUCGAUGACAAAGCUAAUAAACUGUCGUUGAAGAGAAUAAGGAAUGCAAAGGAAAAUGUUGAUCCAUUUAAAACUCCUGACACUUUGAGACGUAAAGUUUCGGCAUCAUUCAUUUUCAGUUCUUGUAAAAAAAAGCAGUUGGAUAAAAGGGAUUCAUUGCUGGGACAUUCAAUCUUAGUUGGUGACAGUUCUGACGAAGAGUUCAUUAAUUGUGACUCAUUGGCUGACUUAACUAAUGCCAACCAAAAUGCUGAUGUAGUAGAUGAAUCUCUAGUAGAAUAUUCUUUGAUUAGAAAAUGGUUGCAAAAUGCAGAGGAUUCCUUCAGCUCAGUAGAUGAUAAUAACUUGGAAGAUGACUGUAUUGAAUCAGAUAGCAGCAGUAAAGAUCAAGAGAUCCUAAAUAGAGUUCGUAAAUUUAAGAAUAGUUAUGCCUCUACGACAGAUGACAUCAAGAACAACACAGUAGUUUUAAGUUCUGAUGAUGAAAGUGUUGGUCCUGAAUCAGCCCAGCAAAAGAUUAAAUUUGACACAACAAGAAAAUUAUCCCCGUUUGAAUUCAACACAACAGGACAAUCAUCACUUGUUAAAUUUAACACAACAGGACAAUCAUCACCAGUUAAAUUUAACACAAUAGGACGAUCAUCACCAAAAUCGUCCGAUUCUAUGCUGGGUGAUAGCUUUGACUCGCCGUGUAUUACAAAAUCACUGGGGGAAAAAUUAGCAACUAGAGAGAAACCAUCUUGCCACGAUAAAGAAAGCAGCUCCGAUUCUGAUAGUUUUCUCAGAAUUUCAAAGCCAUUUAAAAAACCUGUUGUGUUACGCAUUCCUUCAGAUGAUGAAGUUUCGUCCUCACCAGAACGUUUACCUCGUAAACCUUUUAAAACAAGACCGGUAAUUUCUUCGACGAAGUACUUUUCUACGCCACCGACAACAGUAAUAUUGUCCGAGUCUGAAUUAGAAGAUGUAUUUUCCAGCCUGACGAUUGAAAAACCACCAGCUCCGAUCGUGAAACCAAAGAAAUUAGUCAAAUCAAGGCAAAAGAAAAAAGCUGAAUGCGAUACCAUUUUCAGACAGCCCGCUUUGAAAUCUGAACGAAGUUUCCUCGCUUCCCUUUCUUCACAAAUUCCGCAAGAAUGUCGACAUUUCGAAGCUAUUCCGUAUAUGAAGAAUUUUCGCAAGACUCGUGAUGAACUGACCAACCGUCUUUUCCAAAUGUUUAACAAGGAGAUUUUCAACAACUUUUUUCAUCACGAUUUUUCAAUAACCUGGAAUGGCAGACUUACUCGAACUGCCGGUUAUUGUCGCCAUUUCACGAAGCGCGAGAAAGAAAUGAUCACCUUCGAGUCACGAAUCGAGCUAUCUGUGAAAGUGGUAGAUACGCCUUGCCGAUUGCGAGACACUUUGAUUCACGAAUUAUGUCAUGCAGCAACUUGGAUCAUUGACAAUUGCAGAGGAGGACAUGGACCAGUAUGGCGGAAAUGGGCAAACCAGGCAUUGCACACUUUUCCGGAACUGCCACCGAUAACUCGUUGCCACAACUACGAAAUAUCUUACAAAUUCUAUUAUAACUGUGUCAGUUGCAAGUAUUCAGCUGGUAGACAUUCCAAAUCCAUCGAUACUUCCACACAUGUCUGCCCAGUGUGUAGGGGACAAUUACAGCUUAGCAAAGAGCCAUCAAGUCGUGUAAAUGAAAAUGCAGAUGUGAAACCGAAAGACACAACGCCUAGAACACCUAACGCUUUUGCUUUGUUCGUGAAAGAAAACUAUGCCGCUGUCAAGUCAUCCAGAACUGACCUUCCUCAUGCAGCAGUUAUGAAAUUGCUUAGUGCGAAAUAUGCGGAAAGCAAAUUGAAAUUAGUUUAAGACAAUCUUUAUUCGUUUAAAUGAUAUUUUUAUAUUGAGCUUUUAUCCCAGAUGUAUAGUGUGCAUCAAACAAUGGCACCUUUUAUUAUGGACCUAGUACACAAAUGAACAAAAUAA